AUGGCUACGACCCUGGGUAAGAGGAGUCGGCUGCUGGACCCCGACCGGGCCACCCCGCUGCGCAUCGACGGCGUGGACCUGCUCGCGCAGUUGGAGGGGGCGAGCAAGGGCAGCGACGGCGUCUGGCGCGUCUCCCACUGCGGGCCCGACGGCUCCCCGCGCGGCCUGCUCCCCACGGCGGUGUACUUCCAGAUCGUGUGGGUGUGGUUCGGCGAGGAGCCCCCUACGGUGCAUCCGAGGGACGUCAUGGAGGGAACGUACCUGGCCGAGCGGGAGGUCGUCUUCGCCUACACGAGGGACCUCCCCUACGGAUACGACUCGCUCUUGGAGAACCUCAGCGACGUCUCCCACAUCCCCUGGGCCCACCACGGCCUGCAGGGCACGCGCGACGACGCCAUUCCGAUCGCCAUGACCAGGCCGGAGGUGGUCUACUCCGAGCCGGGCGAGGAGCCCGUGUCGCUGCCGGUCGACGGGAAGGGGCUCUUGACCUUCGACUUCAAGGACCAGAGCAUGAAGAUGUACCGCGAGGCGAGCAUGUUCCUGCGCUCGCCCUUCUUCCUGUACUACACGGGGACCUUCGAGCCCCCUCCAGGUGAGCAGGGCUCGGAGGACUACAAGCAGUUCGCCGCAAGGCGUGGCAUCAAGGAUGGCGAGGGCAAGGUCCCAUUCCUGCUCAACGUGUUCAUCAUCCCCGUGGCGCCCGGCUGGUCCAGGGCAAUCAUCGUGAACACGAAGGACCCAGACGAGGACGGCGGCUUCAUAACCAAGCUGCCGCAGUUCGUGGCCCACCUCUUCAGCAACCGGUUCCUGGAUAGCGACCUGGCCUUUCUCCACUACCAGGAGCGCUGGCUGCGCCGCGGGCGCCCGACCACGGGCUCCGAGUGGAGGCAGGCCUACUACAUCCCCGGCGAGUGCGACAGGAGCGUGGGCGCGAUCCGCCAGUGGCUCCUGCAGGAGGGCGCCCGCUGCGUGCUGCCGGGCCCCGGGUCCGACCUGCCACCCUCGCCGCCCUCGCGCGCGGAGCUGCUCGACCGCUACUCGCAGCAUACCGCGCACUGCGUGCACUGCCAGCGCGCCUGGAGUGCAUCCGAGAUGGCUCAGAAGGCGAUCGCCGCCGUGGGUGCCGGGGCGUUCGCCCUGGACCGCCUGGACCUGGGCCCAGCGCCGCUGUGGCUGUUUCUGCAGGUGCUGGCCGUGGGCGUGGUAGUCAGCGGCGAGAAGCUCAAGGAGCAGAUGAGGUUUAUGGACUACGAGCACUACAAGACUUGA